AUGUCGGAUGAGAUUAAUAUUGUGUUCCAAACAUACUUAAUUGCAGCAGGUGCACAAGUGUUUUGGAGAGAUCCAGAAUAUGCAACUGAUGCAUCUACUUCUAUAUCUGCAAUACAAGAAUUUAUAAAGCAUCAUUUAAAUGUAGAUUAUUUAAUGUCUUUUAAAUUGCGAUGGAAGGAGGAAGGUAAUAAAAUAACUUCAGAAAAUUUUAAUCCAGAGAGUAGACCUAGACGUCAAAAUUGGAAUGGAGAAUUAAUAGAGAACGGAAUGUUUUAUUUAGCCUCACGCAAAUUGAUUGAAAAGAACCUUCUACAAGAUGAUAGUUGCUCUGUGGUAGAAAUUCCAGCAAAAUAUAGUUUAGAAAUUGAUACACCUUGGGAUUUAGAACUAGCACAGAAUAUAGCAAAAUAUUUUGAUGAAGAAUAA